GGCGACGACAAAAGCGAGCAAAAUAAAGAGGCGAGGAAACGAAGCGUUUUCUUUCUGUCGAAGAUAAUAUAAUAAAAGGAGUAGUAGAAUAGAAAGACUGCCAAUAUGAACGCGAUGAAGCUGAUUGGAUUGUUGCUCAUCAUUGCAUCGAUUGGAUUGUUGGUUAAUGCACAAACUAAUCCUGCAUCAGGUAAUCUUGAAUCAUCUAGUGUUGCGUCAAAAGGAAAGGGGAAUCCCAUAGUUUCUCUUCUCACGUGCAUUUUGAACAAUGUAGGCAAUCUACUUGGGAUAUCCGUCGGUGGUAUUGUGAAGGACCUUGGACAUUUAAUCUCCUCGGAUGGUUCGUUUGAUUUGUCAGGACUUCUUUCCGGUCUUACCUCCAUCUUGAACAUACCGCUCGACUCAAUAUUUUCCGCCCUUCGAAGCGGAAAUAUCUCACAACUCUCGAAUAUUCUUCAACCUUUGGUCGAUCAAUUAUUACAUAUACCUCUAAUCGGCUCCGUAUUAUCGCUCGUAGCGAACGUUCUCCAGGUUCCAGUUUCUCUCGUCGUAGCCGUACUCGGUGUAGUUGUCCACAUCGUCAAAGCAUUACUCGGUUUUCUUUUGGGAUCACAAGUGAAAUGUUCCUAAAUCUUUCUCUAAAACACGAUAACAUGAUGCAUAUAUAAUAUAAAUAUAUAUCUUUAACGAAUUGUUAUUAAAAAGUUAUAUUAUAAAAAAAUAUAUAUUUA